GUCCUUCAGCUGUUCCCAGGGAGAGGAAGAACUAGUGGUGGAAAACGGUGACUUUUUUUUUAAGACUCAUCCCGGAAUGGAUUAAGACUCAUCCCGGAGUGGAUUAAGACUCAUCCCGGAGUGGAUUAAGACUCUUCCCAGGCGCAUAACUGGAUUUAGUUGCUUUCUCUUUUAACUCGAAUAACACGACAUCCAUAGCAACGGGGUCGCGUGCACACUUUAGCUAAAAACUUUAGCCGGCUAGUUUGCUAAAGACAACUAAACUACACGACUACAACGUUUACCUGUAUCUGUUAGCACUCACACCUAAAUAAAUAGUUUAACAAUAAAAAUAGUUAAACAAAAGCCGAACCAGCGCCGUUAGGUUGUGUUUAUUAUAUAUUAAAACCUAUCGACAUUUAGGUUAGCUAGCCUGUUAGUGCUAGCAGAGAGAUGACAGUCAUGCUGUAUGACAGUAUCUAAGCUGGGAAUAACUUACUUUAGUCCUCAAGUGCAUAGAGAGAGAGAGCGAGCAGAGUUACUUAGACAGAGAUUGUUUAGACAUCAUACCUGUGUGCGCUGGUCCACAGUGUAUAUAGUGUCAAUGGUCUCCACAUCCUCAUCCAUGUGUUUGGAGAGAGCUCCUGUUGUGCGCCCUCUAGCGGGGAAGUCGAGAGUAAACAACGCGUGCAUGCUUUUAGGCUUCAGGUCAGCAGGUGUCACCUCACAUGACUUUGGUACUUUACUAGGAGGAAAUCUCAGGAUCCUUAAGAAUAUUAUCCUCCAGGAUGGUGCUGAAUUUACAAAGGUGUGGACCAAAUCCUCUAAAUCUGUCGUCUCCUAUGAAAGUGGAAGGCUAUAUUUUGAAAAUUACAGGUGCUCGUACACCAGCCUAACACCUCAGCCGCAACUCUUAUACGAGAUGCCAAAGAGAUCCAAAGCUGAGAAGAUUGAGGAUUCUUUAUUAUGCCAAUGUUCGCUUGAUAAAACACUCCCAUGGGCUUUGGAACAGAAACCCAGCCUUCUAUCCCUAACAGCUAAUAACUGGUUAUAUCAUCUCUCAGCUGACACAGGACAAAUACUGCACAGAGUCUACCUCUCACCUCAUUUCAAAUUCAGAUCACUGGGAUGGGAUGUUUCUCUGGAAACAUUUUAUGUCAAAUCCACUCAGCAUAAACAGACACCACUAGCACGACAGGCUGGCGUUGAGAACAACAUCCUCAUGCAUUUAGCCAUAUUCAAAGUCUUUCCUCUUGACAUUAUUGGGCUGCUGGAGAUCAACAAAAAUGUCUUUGGUAAAUCUGUGGUUGAUGUUCUCUUGUCUCAAGGAGUGUUGGCUGUUUCACACAGUUCAAAAUGUGUAAAGCUUUACAGCUUUGAAUAUAUAGUGAAAAAGUUUAAGACUAAAGAGCUGGUACUGGGACAGGAGUGUGAUUUAUAUGGUGCUAGAGGAAUAGUGGGAGACACUCCCUAUGGCAUUCCAGUCAACAUUCACAUCAAGGAGUGUCCUCCUGCAUUGUUCGAGAUGUCGUACUUGGAUAAUGGGAUACAGAUCGGUGGCCACCCAUGGCACUACAUCUACACACCUAACAAUAAGAGACACAAGGGGACACACCACAUAUGUUCCAUCACUGAUGGUGCCCUGGCAAAGAAUGGUGUACAGGAUAUGAAGUGUGAUUCACUAGAGGAAGACUGGAUCUUCUUCCACCCUGAUGACUCAGGCAGGAUUAUCCAUGCUGGGCCCAGUACCAUAAAUGUUCUGAAAAUUAAGGCAGAAAAAGAAUUCAUUUCAAAUUAUGAGGUGGUCUGUGACUUCUCUAUCGUAGCAUCCAGAGAAGACCGCGCCACCUCGCAAGUGACAGUGACCUCCUCUGGCCGAACUGUGAGAAAAAGAAUUCAGCAGCUAGAAGAUGAUCCUGAUCAGGAGACAUUUAAGAUGGUUAAAUAUGAAGAUGAGCUGGACCUGUUAGCCAUUGUAGAUGUCAGUCAUACAGAAGAUGAUGGACAAGCUCAUGUUUGCCUGCACCACAACAAAAGUGGAAUGUUGCUGAAAAAAAUUGCACUUCAGGAACCAUGGGAUGUGACCUACAGUCACGAAGUUUACUUCGACAGGGACACGAUCAUCCACAUUGAACAAGAGAGGAAUAACAGCUACUGUUGCCAUGUUUAUAAGAUGACACGAAGGACAAACUGAUGACCCUGUGAACACACGAAUACGGAAAACCAACAGCUAUGAACACGUUCCCUACGAU